AUGGUUUCCACUCAAAUGGAGUAUCAAAUUGAAAAGGAUAUUUCAACAAAAAAUGUUACAAUUGCCUACAAUAGUUAUUCGAUUAAUAUCGACGAUUAUUUGGGUUGUUGGAAAGAUACGAAAUAUGGUCAAAAAAUGACAUUUUUUAAUUUUGAGUCGAAUGCAGACGACAGUCAUCUUGUUGGUAUAACAUCAACUGGAGCCAAAGUAUCAGCCAUAAUCGAUGGUCCGAAUAUUCGAAUGUCGAUUGUUGAUAAUAGCAAUGGAAAAAAAUUAGAUUAUAAGGGUAUUUUACAACAAGAACGAAAAGUUAUUAUGUGGGAAAAAAGACUUGAAACGUAUGGAUGUUGGAGAUCAACAAAUCCAUGGAUUCGAUGUUGA